AGCCGGAAUUAUCUUGCUGUGCUAGUCCGGUUCCAAUAGAUAUGAUAUCUGCCUAUAUCCUUGUUUUAUUUAGUAGAUCUUCUCUCUCCAAGGCUCGGAAACUCCCACGAUCUUCUCAUUCGCUGAUCCUGAGGAGCUCAGGUUUUCAAGAUCUUCUAGAAAGAAGCAUCCUGGUGUCAUGGCUGCCUGGCUCAUAGGAUUCUUCCUAUUUCAGGGAGUAUCUUGGGCAUACGGUGCCCGACCCUGCAUGCCCAAAAGCUUUGGCUACAGCUCAGUGGUCUGUGUCUGCAAUGCAACGUACUGUGACUCUCUUGACCCCCUGACCUUACCGGCUCCGGGUGCCUUCAGCCGUUAUGAGAGUACGAGAAGUGGACGUCGGAUGGAGCUGAGUGUCGGGUCCAUCCAGGCCAACCGUACUGGCACAGGGCUACUACUCACUUUGCAGCCAGAAGAGAAAUUCCAGAAAGUGAAAGGAUUUGGAGGUGCCAUGACAGACGCCACUGCGCUCAACAUCCUUGCCUUGUCCCCCAAAACUCAGAAGCUGCUCCUCAGAUCCUACUUCUCUAGCGAGGGAAUUGAAUAUAACAUCAUCCGGGUGCCCAUGGCCAGCUGUGACUUCUCCAUUCGUGUCUACACCUAUGCUGACACCCCUAAUGACUUCCAGUUAUCCAACUUCAGCCUCCCAGAUGAAGACACCAAGCUCAAGAUACCCCUGAUUCACCAAGCCCUGAAGAUGUCCCCACGCCCCAUUUCACUCUUUGCCAGUCCCUGGACAUCACCCACUUGGCUCAAGACCAAUGGAGCAGUGAAUGGGAAGGGGUCACUGAAGGGUCAGCCAGGGGAUAUCUAUCACCGAAGCUGGGCCAAUUACUUUGUCAAGUUUCUGGAUGCUUAUGCUCAGCACGGCAUAAAAUUCUGGGCAGUGUCAGUGGAGAAUGAGCCUACUGCAGGGCUCUUAACUGGGUAUCCCUUCCAAUGUCUGGGCUUCACUGCUGAACACGAGAGAGACUUCAUUGCCUAUGACCUAGGGCCAGCCCUUACCAACAGUUCUCAUGACGUGAAGCUGUUCAUGCUAGAUGAUCAGCGGUUGCUGCUUCCCCGCUGGGCACAGGUGGUGCUAUCUGAUCCAGAGGCAGCUAAGUACGUUCAUGGCAUUGCUGUACACUGGUAUAUGGAUUUCCUGGCUCCAGCCAAAGCUACUUUAGGAGAGACACACCGCUUGUUCCCCAACACAAUGCUCUUUGCAUCAGAGGCCUGUGUGGGCUCCAAGUUCUGGGAACAGAGUGUUCGGUUGGGCUCCUGGGAUCGAGGGAUGCAGUACAGUCACAGCAUCAUCACGAACCUCCUUUAUCACGUAACUGGAUGGACUGACUGGAACCUUGCCCUGAAUCCUGAAGGAGGGCCCAACUGGGUCCGCAACUUCGUUGAUAGCCCCAUUAUUGUUGACAUCCCCAAGGACACAUUUUAUAAACAGCCCAUGUUCUACCACCUUGGCCACUUCAGCAAGUUCAUUCCUGAGGGAUCCCAGCGAGUCGAGUUGGUGGCCAGUGAGAAGAAUGACUUGGAAACAGUGGCACUGAUACGCCCUGAUGGCUCUGCAGUUGUGGUUGUGUUAAACCGAUCUUCUAAGGAUGUCCCACUUACCAUCAGUGAUCCUGCCUUGGGCUUCCUGGAGACCAUCUCACCUGGCUACUCCAUUCACACUUACCUGUGGCGUCGCCAGUGAUGGAAGAUAGCUAAGCAGGCACCGGGGCUUAGCAUGGACAUUAAAGGGAAAGAGUUAGCUUCUGUGCUAUCUGUGACUAAAGAAGGUACAGCAGGGCCUGGGUGACCUUACAGUGACACAGGGGCAGGAGCAAGGGUUUGGGUGUCUCAUUCUCCUUUCUAUAUAUGUGUGGGAAGCCCUAGAGUCCCUCCAAUUUCCCAUGGUUGUAAAGUGUGCACCAUGCACUAGUUGCCCGUGGAAGCUGAGCCUAGGUCCAGGGUGAGCUCACUGUCUAUGAAGCACAAGAUGGGGAUGCCUAGGGAAGUUGGGACUGUGCAGAGGAGCAGGUGGGUCAGUUUAAGGGCUGAAGCAGCUUUAGAACCCAAGUGCCAGAGGGUGGGCCUACAUCUCUACAUUCUCACUGUAGCAUCUAAGAAUGGCAGCAGCCACAUAAAGAAGAAAAUACUGGAUCCCAGUUAGUGUAAACAGUUUUAUUCUGAGGCCAGCACCCCAGUUUUGGCUGCUCCAACCAUGGGGAGAUGAAGGGACGUCUGGAAUGCACGAGUAGAAAAAUCAGUCCUGGGAACAGGAAUGCAUCAGUCCUCUUCAUCCUCCUCCGCCAGGCCCAAGGCCCGGGUGCCCGGGGCCCGAGCAGGGCUUGUCCGCUGGAUAGAAACAAUACCACUGAGCAGGGCAUAGCCCACCAUGGCUGCCAGGCCUGCCAGCACAGAGAGAAUCUGGGUUCUGCGCCGGUAUGGCUCCUCCUCAGUCUCAGGGGCUGCUGGUGUCUGGCGUGGAGGUGGUACCUCAGCUAGGAGGCAAGGAAGGCAGGUAAGCAAGGGAGUUAGGCCUUGGACCCCAGCCCAUGCUCUCCAUCUGCCCCUUACCUCCAUCCCGGGGAAAGUAGAGGUUGAGGAUAUGGGUGCAGUAGACACAGAGGUUGUGCAGCCCCCGAAGGUGGGCCUGCAGCUUCCCACUGGGCAGCUUUGCCUGCAGCAGCAGGGCCAAAUGGCUAAAAACAAAGGCGUCCAGGGAAGCAGGGCUGGAGAGAGGGGGUUGGGGGGAGGGAGGUGAGAUGAAGUGGACAACUGCACAGAGAGGUCAACAUGACGUCAGCAAGAGGGAAAAGUCUGCUUCGGAGGGGCAGGCUCUGGGCAGCAAGGGGCCGUCCAGGGAAGAGCAGGACACCUAGCUCUGGAUUUGGAGGACACCUAGCUCUGGAUUUGGUAGGGGGAGCUCCCCAGGUGGCGCCAGCCUGGCCCUGAAUGGACUUCUAUCCCAGGGUUGCAUAAUGGACACAUUGAGUGGCGCCCAGCCCAGCAGUCUCCUCCUGUGCCUGGCUUCUCUCCAUCCCACCUUCCUGUACCACCAAGGAGGUUCCAGCCACACACACACACAGCUCCCCUGUCACCAGAGGCGGUGUCUGUCCUAAGAACCUCCUGUUCACACCUCAGCCCAGGCUUUGACACCUGAACCUGUAUCUUCUUCCAACAUCCAUUUAUCCUCCCUUGGAGUCAGACUCACGCAUCUCCAAAGAAGAACUUCUGAGAGCCCAGACGCUGAGAGAGAAGGGUUAGGCACUCUCGAGCCUCUUGAUACAACUGUAGGGAGGGACAGGAGGCAUGUGGUUGGGGGAGUUGUGGCACUUCCCAUAAUCUGUCAUCUUUGGAGUUCAUCUCUUUUGUCCCCAAACUACCUCUUUUUCUAGUUCCUCCUCACUCUCUGACUUGUGCUUGCCACACAGCAGCUGCAGGCGCUCCAUGUACUGGCGUUGCAUGCGGCCAGGCAGGAAGAAAUUGAGCGGAAAGGGCAUAGCCUCUGCAUACCACUUUCGGGUCACUUCCACAUAGUUCUUGGCAUCUAUCCAAAAAGUAUGGAUCUGGAUUGGGCAGACAGGAAGGAAGAGAAAGUCUGCGCCAGCGCACCUGCCUGUCACGGGGUGGGCUUCUAAGUCUCAUGGUGCUCUGUCUAUCUAUCUCUGCUGUGAAUGUUAGGUCUAGGCGUACUCACUAUCACAGGGAGUAGUUUCUCUUCCAGCAGAGACAUGAAGGCUAGGGUAUCUGCUCCUUGUCGAGCUGACAGAUCAUAGUCGGCAUUAUACUUCUGUGGAAGAAAUGUUCAUGAGGUGAAUAGUGAAGGCUUGCAGGGACGCUCUUCUCAGUAGGGAAAGAACAGUAACCCCACACUAGCCUCAAGCAUAGUAGAGGUAGAAGAAGGAGUCUUUCCUGCUGAGGUCUCCUUGCCCCAGCCCAGCCAGUAGCCUGUUGCUGUUGGCCAAAAGCCUGGGCUUUGGAGCCCACUGGCUGUCAAGGUCCUGCACCCACUGGGGGGGAGGGAAGAAGGCCUGGCCGCAAAGUGGGAGCAGCUCCCAGAGUUUCCACGGAAAGCUGGCGGUGUGCCUGCUGACAGCAACUCUCUAACAGUAACUUCCUGAUCCAGACACCACAGAGCUAGCAAAGAGGACCUCAGCCAUGACUCAGAAAUCAGGGGCCACCAUCUUUACCCUUCUUGAACCCAGUACAUUUACACCCAGCCACCCCGAGCCCCGCUUGUUUCUCACGGCCAAGCUCCUGACUAUGUCUUGUACGUCACUCCAAACUCUUAUGUACCGUUACUCUACAUUCAUCCCCCAUGUUUCCGUCUCUUAGUGUGGCCUGCCUCCCAAGGUUCAGUCUGUUCUUGGUUCCCCCUCACAGACUAAGAAAGCUUUGUAUCUGCACAGACUCUAGAAAAUGUCUCUUACACUUCCCUGAACCUCAGUUUCUCCUUUAUGGAAGGAGACAGUAAUCUUUUUCUCUCAAUGUGGCUGGGUUUGGAAAUAACUUAGGAAAAAGCCCUUUGGAAACUGAAAAGGCUGUGUUUAUAUGCAAGUAACCCAGGUCCUGCCAGGAACUCUGGCUUUUAUCUGGAUCCUAUUUCUCCAGGCAUCUAAGCUUCCAUUACUUUCCCAGCUCCCUGGAAAGUAGAAAUGAAAAAGAGGAUUCUAUUUCUGACUGUAUGUUCCCUUUGGAACAACACUGUGAAUGCCAGAGCUCUUACAGCAUCCUGCCUAAGCACCCUACUUUACAAGAACUUUAGUUGGUGAGCUGGCUUAGCAGGUUAAAGAACUUGCUAUCACACUCAGUGACAUGACGUCCAUUCCAGGAGCCCAUUCUACUAAAUUGUCCAGCGACCUCCCCAAGUGUGCCAUGGCAUGUGUGCACAUACACCCGCCCCCCAACAAGAGAAAUAAAUGUUUAAAAAACAAAAAUAAGAGUUUAUUGAUUUGAGAAGUUAAAUCACCUGUCCAACAUCACAGUCAAUAACAGAAUAACAGAGCCAAAGCCUCCACUCUCUUGUAAUUCUCUCUUAAACAUCCCAAUGUAGCACUAAGCUUUGUCCAUCCUGAGCCCUAUAUCUAGCAUAACUUAGCACUUGAGAAGAUAAAUGGUCCGUAGAAAUACUUGUUUUUUCUUUCCCCCCUCUGCCAGCUUUUACUCCUUUCUUUGAUAGUUCUCACUAUAUAGCCCAGACUGCUCUGGAACUCAGUCUAUAGAGCAGGUUGACUUUCAACUACAGAAAUCUGCCUGCCUCUGCCUUCCAAGUGCUGAGAUUAAAGGUGUGUGCCACAACUGCCCAGUGACUUGUUUUCUUUUUUGAGAGGAGGUCUUAUGUAUUCCAGGCUGGCCCCAAACACACUAUGUAGCCAAAGAUAAUUUUAAAUUUCUGAUCAUCCUACUUCUACCAAGUCCUGGGGUUAUAUACAUUGUACCACCAUGCCCAUUUAUAUUACAAAUCUUUGGGUCCACCCCAAAGCCAACUGCUGUUCUCUACUCUUCUUUAUUUUCCAUGUGUCAGCCUGUGUAUUUCUCUCCCUCCCUGCCCAUUUGAUUUCUCAGGCUAUCCUACCCCACAACCCCUUAAAUUUAAUAUCUGGCCAACAGCUUAGCACAGUAACACUAUUUAUUCCUCAUGCUGUUCCUCAGUGCUCUGGAUCACCCUUCUCUUGCUUGGCACAUGUCUGCUCUUCAAUAAAUAAGUGUGACACCUCA